AUGCGGCCUCCCGCUCGUGCCACAGCCCCGCGCCUGCUCUCCUCUGUGGCGGUGCCCGCUCCCGGCGAGUUCGCCUUCCUGGCGUGGCUCGAGGGAGAGCUCGCCGAGGCUCCCGGCUCCGACGUGUACUCCGACGUGUAUGCAGACGCAGUCGCUAGCGUCGGCCGGUGGCGCCGCCGCUACCGCGGCAACCAGGCUCUCUGGCGGCGGCUGCUGCGGCCCGAGCGUCUCGUCAAAGAGAUAGUCGAGACGGCGCCCGUGAUUGCGGCGGUGCGUGACUAUGUCGCCGCAGAGCCGCGGCGUGUGACGAUUGUGGACCUCUGCUGCGGCAAGGGAUACCUGUCGAUGCUGCUCGCCGAGAUGCUGCCCACCGACCGCGUGCGUGGCUGCGUGCUCGUGGACAACGCGUGGCCAAGGCACGACGUGGCCGUGCAGGACAAGCACAUCAACCCGGAGCACCUCUGGGGCCGCUACGCUGACGCGUGGCCGGUGCCUCUGUGCACCAGCAAGAUCGACCUCAAGAAGCGCUGCAGUCUCAAGGCGCUGGGCGAGCGCUGGCUGUCCGCCGAGGAGGGGGAGGAGGACGGCGGCGUGCUGCUGCUCGGCGUCCACCUGUGCGGCACCCUCUCACUGCGCGCUGUCGAGCUCUUCAAUUCGCACCCUCGCUGCACCUUCCUCGCCCUCAAGCCCUGCUGCCUGCCGCCGCCCGUCCACGCGCGCCGCGGCGACUUCUUUGAGAUUGGCCGCCACCGCUUCGCCGCCGCCGACGUUGCCGCGGCGGGAGGCUUUCAGGCGGGCGGCGUGUGGCGCGGGCCGCCUCGCUCGCACCUCGCGGCGCGGUUCGAGCGGUGGACGGGGCACCUGCUCCAGGGCAUCGAGUCCGGGCAGGGCGGGGCCAGUGCGGUCGAGGAGAGGCGAGUCCAGGUGCGGGGCGGCUUCCAGAAUGCCUUCAUCUUUGCGGAGCGCGGCGCGCGCACGCCGCGGCUGUGGGACGGGCUUGCGGCGCGGCGCGCUGGCGGGGCGCGCGCCGAGGCGACGAUCGACGGAGUGCCAGCCGGGCAGCUGCUGUGCUGGCAGCACGUCAAGGGGGUGGCUUGCGCCUGCGGUGGCAGCCGCGCUCACCUCUUCCAAGGCCACUGCGGGACGGCCAUCGCGGCGGCGCUCGGCCUCGGACGCGGCUGCCGCACCGGCCGCUGCCGCAAGCCGCACCCGGCCGACGCGCUUGGCGACCUCAUCGCGCAUGCAGAGUCGGCCAGCGGGAGGAGAGCGCUCCUCGGCACGGUCGCGGCGCCGUCGCUGCGCGCCGAUAUUGACAAAGGCUCCCGCUCUGUGCAGACGUCGCGCUCUGUGCAAGCUUGCCGGCACAACGCAGCGCGGCGCUGCAGCUUGCCACCCGAGGCUGCACUCGACGCGCUGCGGCGGAGGCAGGGGGAGAGCUCUCACCUCGCGGCGCUGCUUGCGGCGCCGUGGCUCGAGGAGGCGAUCGCCGACGACCGCGUGCGCCGCUUGUUUGCGCGCGACUCCAGGUCGGUCCGCAAGGACUGCAGCGAGGCGUGGGCUGCCGCCGAGCGGGUGCGCACUCUGCUCCGCUCGCUGGGCAUGCCCGCCGACGGCGAGGGGGCGGCGUUGCUCGACGUGUGCUCGGGCAAGGGCAUGACGGCGCUCGUCCUCUCGUUCGAGUUUCCGCGCGCGCGAGUGCACAUGCUCGACGCCAACGGAGAGAUGGAGCUCUCGCACGUCAGGGCGCGCCCGAACCUCGACUUUGUGCAGUGCGACCUCUUCUCGCGCGACGCCGCCGCAGCGCUCGCCGCGUGCCGUGCCGACGCCGCUGCCUGCGUCGCGGUUGGCAUGCAUUUGUGCGGCGCGCUGUCGCCGCGUUUGCUCACGCUCGCCGCGCGCUCCCCCGCCGUCGACGCCGUCGUGGUCUGCCCCUGCUGCUUGAAGGGGUCGCUCAAGGAGCGCGUGCGCGCGGAGGCGCGCCGCGACGGCCGCGAGCACUACGCGGUGCUCGUGGACACCCUGGCGUCGCUCGCGCGCGACGAGUGCGGCGACAGGGGUGGGAGGGUGAGCGUCGAGUGGGACGGCGAGAUGCUGUCGCCCAGGAACGCGCUCGUGUCGCUCUGUGCGUGA